GUACCUGACUACAGGGGACCGCGCACUGGCUGAUGGGAAGCUGGACGUGGCAGAACAGGACUUUGCGUCUGCGCUGAGACUGAUUCACAAUCCUAACCAACCAAAUCGGUGUAAAGAGGCCGAAUGUCUGUGCAGACUGGGUGACGUGUACGUGCAGCGAGGCAAAACAACAAAAGAAGGGAGGAAAUUCACACAGGCAGCAGCUCUGUACAACGCAGCCAUGGCCAGAAGAGGAGAAAAUAACCAUGACAUGAUGAAACGCCUGCAAGAUACAGAACAUUGGUUUCUACAGUACACGGCUAAUGUGGACACCAGCUGCAGACCAAUACCCGCUGAUUCGGUCAUACGUCAUAAAACCAAUUUAGAAGAGAUACGCACUCGCGCUAGAAGCCAUUGAUCAGCAACACAACCCAUACCAAUACGACGAGGAUGAUCCAGCCAUGAUAACAGUUGAGGCUGAGCGAGCAGAAGCAGUCAAGGUUUUACUCAAGAACAUCGCCAAGGAUAGACAGAGUUUUAUCCAUGACCUAGUUGAUGAAUGUACCGACGCUCUUGGUCCUCCUCCAUGUAUGUAUGCGUUCAUUGGGUUGGGCUCACAAGCAACAGAACUGGCCACACCCUACUCCGACCUGGAGUUCGCAAUCUUGAUUGAGGAAGGGAAAGACAAUGACGACACGCGGCGGUACUUUAUCAACCUCACACACUAUCUACACCUGAAAGUCAUCAACCUUGGAGAGACCAUUCUCCCAGCCAUGGCCAUUACUUCACUCAACGAUUUUCAAUCCAAGGACCCAGGAAAAGACUGGUUCUUUGACUCUAUCACACCGCGAGGAUUUGCCUUUGACGGAUUCAUGCCUUGGGCGUGUAAGACACCAUUUGGAAGACAACAGACUGAAAACAAACCCCCCGUCAGCCUUAUCCAAACCCCUGUCGAAAUGGCAAAGUUUCAGCAGGUAGACGUUUCUCUGGCAGAAGGGUACCAUCUGUCAGAUAUCCUCAGGCGCGUAGUUUUCCUAACUGGAGAAGAAAGUCUGAUGGACGAGUAUAUGAGAAAACUAAACGAAAUCAUAACAGAUGACCUACUAUCGCGUUUCCAAUCCCGUCUGUCUGCUGUGCAAAUCUUGUUGGAGAACAGGGAGCAGCUUUCCCCCCUCGAGCCUACCGGCCAACUGUUAAAUGUCAAGAAAGACAUCUAUCGUUUCCCAGGCAUUGCCAUCGAAGUGUUAGCUCUGUGCUGUCAGAUCACCCUUGCUAGCACAUGGGAUGUGGUAAGUAAAUUAAAGGAAAUGGAAAAGUUCAAUGAAGAGAAUGCAACCCACCUUACGGUACUGACCAGCAUCUCCGCAGAGCUCCGGCUGAGAACAUACCUGGCCAACGGGGGACAGAGAGACAAUAUGUCCCCUCUUGUCGAAAUAAAAUUGAAGCAAAAGAUGCAAAAAGAACCUGACACUACCCUUAGGUCGGUAUUCCACAUUCCAGACACAAAUGUUCUUUUUCGAUACUACUGCAGGGCAAUACCUUUGAAGAAGUGUGUACUAGACAUAGUUGAGGACAAUUUAGAACUCCAACCAAAAAUAUUGAAAAGGUCAAUUCUCGAUACCUCCCAUGAAUGCAGAGGUCGAAUAGCCAGAAAACUGUUUCUGUUUGAUCAGUCUAAACGUCAUCUGGAAUCAGCGUUAACAGAUGCUGGGAGCGAUAACAUCAAACGUUCGGAAAUACUGCGGGAAUUGGGAUUCUUCUGGGUCUUCUUUGGUGAUGCUACCAAGGGAAUUAGUCUACUAGAAGAGUCACUUAGUAUAUGUAAAAGUACCAAUUGGUACAACACGGCGCAUCCGGAUAUUGUUGCAUCACUGUAUCACGAACUGGGAUGGUCUUGGGGUGAACUCGGUGAUCACAAGAAAGCAGUCAGCUUCUACGAACGGUCUCUAUCGAUUAUGAAUGCUAUAUAUGGCGACAACAAGUCACAUCCGGGCAUUGCCUCGUUACUAAAUAACCUGGGAUUAUCUUGGAGUCAACUCGGUGAUCAGAAUGAAGCAAUCCGCUGCUACGAAAAGUCUCUAAGGAUGAUGAAAACUAUCUAUGGAGACAACACCGCACAUCCACACAUUGCUGAGUCACUUGACAACCUAGGAGUAUCUUGGCGUAUACUCGGCGAUCAGAAGAAAGCAAUCACGUACUUCGAACAGUCGCUAACGACGAGGAAAACAAUCUACGGAGACAACACGGCACAUCCGAACAUUGCCAAGUCAUUUGGCAACCUGGGAGCAGCUUGGAGUAAGCUCGGCAAUGGAAAGAAAGCAAUCAGCUACUGUGAACAGUCACUAGCGAUGAUGAAAACUAUCUAUGGAGACAACAAAGCACAUCCGGACAUUGCUACGUCACUUAACAACCUUGGAUUAGCUUUCAGUUAUCUCGGUGAUCAGAAGAAAGCAACGAUCUAUCUCGAACAGUCACUAACGAUGAAGAAAAUUAUAUAUGGGGAUAACAAGGCGCAUCCGAACAUUGCCACUUCACUUAACAACUUGGGAUUAUCUAUGCGUAGACUUGGCGAUCACAAGAAAGCAAUUAGCUACUACGAACAGUCACUAUCGAUGACGAAAACUAUCUAUGGUAACAACACGGCACAUCCGGACAUUAUUGCGUCACUGAACAACCUGGGGUCGUCUUGGGGUGAACUCGGCGAUCGGAAGAAAGCAAUCAGCUACUUCGAGCAGUCACUGAUGAUGGCGAAAACUAUCUACGGAGACAACACGGCACAUCCGGACAUUGCCGGGCCACUCCACAACCUAGGAUUAUGCUUGAAUGAACUCGGCGAUCACAAGGAAGCAAUCAGCUACAUUGAACAGUCACUAACGAUGAGGAAAACUAUCAAUGGAGACACCACGGCACAUCCGGACAUUGCUGCGGCACUCAACAGCCUGUGAUCGUCUUGGAGUAAACUCGGCGAUCGGAAGAAAGCAAUCAGCUACUACGAGCAGUCACUGAUGAUGGCGAAAACUAUCUACGGAGACAACACGGCGCAUCCGGAAAUUGCGGGGUCACUUUACAAUCUAGGUUUUUGUUGGUUUAUACUCGGAGAUCUGAAGAAAGCAAUAGCUUACCUUGAACAAUCAUUAACGAUGAGUAAAGCUAUAUAUGGCAAGAACACAGCACAUCCGGACAUUGUCAGGAAACUUGACAUGCUGGAAUUAGCAUAUAGAAAAAUUGGUGAUCAAAGGAGAGCGAUGGAGUACAUGCAACAAAUACAAAGUAUGAAGAAGGACAUUAAAGUCUAAUGCCUGAAGCCCUA